AGAACAAAAACCCUAGUACUUUUACACAUAUAUAUACCCACGCCCUGCCCUUCUCUCUUGGCUUCUCUCCACAUAGCUUUUCUCCCUGCGUCUAAACCCAAACCCUGGCCAUUUCUCUCCAGUUUGGCGAGGGUUUAGAUUCGGUUUAUUGUUGAUCAGUGUUUUGGAUCAUUUGUUGUUUCAAUUUCGAGUUUUGACUCCUCUAGAGUUGGGAUAUGGAUCUUCAAAGUCUUUCUAUUGUGCUUCAGGCCGCUCUUAGCCCCAAUCCCGAUGAACGGAAAGCCGCCGAACAGAGCCUCAAUCAGUUUCAGUACACGCCACAGCAUUUGGUGAGAUUGUUGCAGAUUAUUGUGGACAAUAAUUGUGACAUGGCUGUACGGCAAGUGGCCAGCAUUCAUUUCAAGAACUUCAUUGCCAAGAACUGGUCACCCCUUGAACCAGACGAGCCCCAGAAAAUUUCACUAGAGGAUAAAGAAUUGGUGAGGGUUCACAUUCUUGAAUUUGUUGCAAAAGUUCCCCCAUUGUUAAGAGUUCAGCUUGGCGAGUGCCUAAAGACAAUUGUCCAUGCUGAUUACCCUGAGCAGUGGCCCCGCCUUUUGGACUGGGUGAAGGUCAAUUUAUUACAAGAUGACUCUCAAGUCUACGCAUCUUUAUUUGUCUUGAGGAUCCUAUCAAGGAAAUACGAGUUCAAGUCUGAUGAGGAGAGGGUACCUGUCCAUCAUAUUGUUGAAGAAACAUUUCCCAGUCUGCUUAAUAUCUUCAACAAGCUUGUCCAGAUUGUCAAUCCACCAGUGGAUGUAGCAGAUUUUAUCAAGCUUAUCUGCAAAAUCUUUUGGUCUUCUAUAUAUUUGGAGAUUCCAAAGCAGCUAUUUGAUCCAAAUGUGUUCAAUGCGUGGAUGGUUUUGUUCUUGAAUGUUUUGGAGAGACCCGUCCCUGUGGAUGGUCAGCCCGUAGACCCCGACCUCAGAAAAACAUGGGGUUGGUGGAAGGUGAAGAAAUGGACUGUUCACAUUUUAAACAGGCUGUUCACCAGGUUUGGAGAUUUGAAACUGCAUAAUCCAGAGAAUAGAGCCUUUGCUCAAAUGUUCCAGAAAACUUAUGCAGGGAAGAUUUUGGAGUGUCAUUUAAGUCUGUUGGGGGUGGUACGUGUUGGUGGUUAUUUACCUGACAGAGUUACCAACCUAAUUCUUCAAUAUUUAAGCAACAGUAUCUCGAAGCUAAGUAUGUAUACUCUUCUGCAACCUCGACUUGAGGUCAUUCUUUUUGAGAUAGUAUUCCCUCUUAUGUGCUUCAAUGACAAUGAUCAGAAGCUUUGGGAAGAGGAUCCUCAUGAGUAUGUUAGAAAAGGAUACGAUAUUAUUGAAGACUUGUAUAGUCCAAGGACUGCUUCCAUGGACUUUGUCAGCGAGUUAGUUAGGAAACGUGGAGAUAAUCUUCCAAAGUUUAUCCAGUUUAUAGUUGAAAUUUUUAAGAGGUAUGACGAAGCACCGGCAGAACACAAGCCCUAUCGACAAAAAGAUGGUGCCCUUCUUGCUAUUGGAGCUCUCUGUGACAAAUUGCAGCAAACUGAACCAUACAAAUCAGAACUUGAGCGUAUGUUGGUGCAGCAUGUAUUCCCUGAAUUUAGCAGUCCAGUUGGUCAUCUUAGGGCCAAGGCUGCUUGGGUUGCGGGACAAUACGCUCAUAUUAAUUUCUCAGACCAGAAUAAUUUCCGGAAAGCACUGCAGAGUGUUGUGUCUGGGAUGCGAGAUCCAGAACUUCCCGUUCGUGUCGAUUCUGUUUUUGCUUUGCGCUCUUUUGUUGAAGCUUGCAAAGAUUUGAAUGAAAUACGCCCAAUCCUUCCUCAAUUGCUUGAUGAGUUUUUUAAACUUAUGAAUGAGGUUGAGAAUGAGGAUCUAGUGUUUACGUUGGAGACAAUAGUGGAUAAGUUUGGGGAGGAGAUGGCACCUUAUGCCCUUGGGUUGUGCCAAAACUUGGCUUCUGCAUUUUGGAGGUGUAUGAAUACAGCUGAAACCGAAGAAGACGCUGAUGAUUCUGGUGCUUUAGCUGCUGUAGGAUGUUUGCGUGCUAUAAGCACAAUUCUUGAAUCAGUCAGCAGGCUUCCUCAUCUUUUCGUACAAGUUGAGCCAACUUUGCUUCCUAUAAUGCGUAGAAUGUUGACAACUGAUGGUCAAGAGGUUUUUGAAGAAGUUUUGGAGAUUGUGUCAUACAUGACAUUUUUCUCUCCUACAAUAUCUCUUGAUAUGUGGAGUCUUUGGCCAUUGAUGAUGGAAGCAUUGAAUGAUUGGGCUAUUGAUUUCUUCCCUAACAUUUUGGUUCCUUUGGACAACUACAUAUCCAGGGGAACUGCACAUUUCCUCGCUUGUAAAGAGCCAGACUACCAGCAAAGUCUAUGGAAAAUGAUUUCAUAUCUCAUGGCAGAUACAAACAUGGAAGAUAGUGACAUUGAGCCAGCUCCAAAGCUCAUUCAAGUAGUUUUUCAGAAUUGUAGGGGGCAGGUUGAUCAAUGGGUUGAGCCAUAUCUGAGAAUCACAGUCGAGCGUUUGCGUCGAUCUGAAAAGUCCUACUUGAAGUGUCUCUUAAUUCAAGUGAUUGCUGAUGCUCUUUACUACAAUGCGGCUUUGACCCUCAGCAUAUUGCAGAAGUUUGGCAUUGCUACAGAAAUCUUUGGUCUUUGGUUGCAAAUGCUUCAACAAGUUAAAAAAAGUGGUGUGCGAGCUAACUUUAGGAGGGAACACGAUAAGAAAGUUUGCUGCUUAGGAUUGACAUCACUAUUGGCACUUCCGGUGGAUCAAUUAUCAGUGGAUGCGUUGGAGCGAGUUUUUAAGGCAACCCUUGAUCUUCUAAUUGCAUACAAAGAACAAGUUGCAGAAGCUGCCAAGGAAGAAGAAGAUGCUGAAGAUGAUGAUGAUAUGGAUGGUUUUCAAAGUGAUGAUGAAGAAGAAGAUGUUGAUGGUUCUGACAAGGAAAUGGGCUUCGAUGGUGAGGAUGGAGAGGAAGCUGAUAGUGUAAAACUACAAAAAUUAGCUGCUCGGGCAAAGUCUUUCCGCCCACAAGAUGAGGAUGAUGAUGACUCAGAUGAUGAUUACAGUGAUGAUGAGGAUUUGCAAUCUCCACUUGAUGAUGUGGACCCAUUUAUUUUCUUUGUAGAUUCAGUCAAAGAUGUGCAAGCAUCAGAUCCAUCAAGGUUCCAGAGCCUUUUGCAAACACUCGACUUCCAUUAUCAGGCUAUUGCAAAUGGUGUUGCCCAGCAUGCUGAACAAAGGAGAGCAGAAAUUGCGAAAGAAAAAUUGGAGAAGGCAACAGCUGCAGCUGCUGCCGCUUCCUAAUUCAUGCAUUGAACGUUAGGGUGUGGCUAAAUUUUGUUUAUUGUCACAGUUCUUUGUUUAUUCCAUUCAUGAAACAAAGCGUCUUUACCUGUCCAUUCAGAUAUUAGUUGGUCCUGAUGGAUGUGGUUGCCAGUGAGAGCUUCUAACAUUUGAAGUGCUUGUGGCUUUGUGUGAUUGAGUUACCGGUAACAUGUGAAAUGAGAAAUCACUAGACACCGUAACUGCCACUUCAAGAUCCAGGGUUCAGCUUGGUUUGUCAAUAGAGUUCGGAUGUUCUACGGCAGAGCAUGCCAUCUCGAUCGGUUUUGUGUUACCCCCUUUUUUUUCUCUCUUUUUUCUUUCCACCUUUUUCUCAUUUCUCCCUUCCCAUCAGGCAAGGUUAGUCAAUUUAUUUGGGUUGAGUCUUCUUUCUUUCUACACAGGAUGUAUUGGUCUAGGAACCCUUUGAUCUGUUUUCAGUUGUCACAACCAGGGUUCACUUCCAUACUGGUUUGUUACUAGUUCCCAUUUUAUGAGGGCAUAAAUUAGGGUGGCUGAUGGAUGUAUUUAUUAAUUUUGGGUCUGAGGGUGGCCUACAAUUUUUCACAUUUUCAUUUCUUUAGGACUAGUCUUAUUCUCAUCUGUAAUAUUUGUUGAUCUGAGUUGGAUUUUGGGGGCUUCAUUGCAGAUGGCUUCUAAGGGUAGCUUGCUGCUAUUGUAAAACACUUCCAUCUUUAUUCUUUAUAUAUGUCCGUGAAUUUUAUUGGGAAGAAAA